ACGUUGCCAGCUUGCCUCGCGCAGCUUUCUUUAUCAGUAGUCAAAUAACGUUUGUUGUUAUGUAGUGACAUAGCGGCGUCACCAGUAAGUCACUGACAGAGUGUACCCGGAACAAUAAAUCUGUACAUUAAGCAAAGUUUGACCUCCCCAAAAUGGCGACCAUGGACGUGGAAGAUGAAAGUAUCUUGGCAUCUAUAUUUCGAGAUAGUUUCCCAGAGAAAUGGCGUGAGAAUUCUGAUUUCACUGCGUAUUUGUCAGAGUUGAGUUCCUAUGGCAUUGACAAAUUGAACCGCGAACCGGAGCGCUUGGCAGAGGAAAGAUCCGCAAUCCUACAGCAAACCAGGCAGCUGGCAUUCACUAACUACAAAACUUUCAUCCGCACUGCUGAAUGCACAGAACGGGUGUACGGAGAUUUUGGACGAGUGGAAAGCAGUGUGUCUAACCUCCUUAAUAAGCUUCCCACAUUCCAGGAACGAUGCAGGCACUUUGUAAAGGAGGCAGAGAGGAUUGCAGUAAGCCGCCGAAUGAAUAGUCUGACUUUAAAUCGACACACUGAGAUUUUGGAGAUCUUGGAGAUCCCCCAGCUCAUGGACACAUGUGUAAGGAAUGCAUAUUAUGAGGAAGCACUGGAGCUUGCAGCCUUUGUCAAAAGGCUAGAGAAGAAACAUUCAAAUAUUCCUGUUAUCCAGGGUAUUGUCAAUGAAGUGUGCCAGUCAGCUCAGCUGAUGCUGAAUCAGCUUAUACAACAGCUGCGUACCAAUAUUCAGCUUCCAGCUUGUCUCCGUGUCAUUGGCUACUUGAGGAGGAUGGAUGUAUUUACUGAAGCAGAACUACGAAUAAAAUUCCUUCAGGCCCGAGAUGCAUGGCUCAAAUCUAUCUUGAGUUCCCUAGCAGAUGAAGAUCCUUAUUUCCACAUUACAAAAACUAUUGAAACAUACCGGGUUCAUUUGUUUGACAUCAUCACCCAGUACCGUGCCAUAUUUUCUGACGAAGAUCCUCUCUUGCCUUCUGCAGACCAGACUAUCAAUGAGGGAGCAAUCUUUCAUGGAUGGGUUGUGCAGAAGGUGUUGGAAUUCCUCCAUAUCCUGGAGACCAAUCUCCAUAAAGGAGUUGGUGGACGACUAGACUCCCUGCUUGGGCAGUGCAUGUAUUUUGGUCUUUCCUUUAGUCGUGUUGGUGUUGACUUUCGGGGGCAGUUAGCUCCCAUGUUCCAGAGAGUUGCAAUGGACACAUUUGCAAAGGCAGUGCAAGACUCUGUUGAUAAAUUCCAAGAGGAGAUGAAUUUGUACACGUUAAUAUCUGCCCCAGCAGUGUUGAGCAGCUCAGUGCCCAUGACCUUGCCAAGUAACCAACCUGGUACACUUCAGCCACCCAUGGCACUGUUGGAUUUUGCACCAUUAGCUUGCUUUCUGAAUGACAUUCUAGUAGCUUUCAAUGACCUUCGUCUCUGCUGCCCCAUAGCACUGGCUCAAGAUGUAGCACUGUGUUUAGAGGCUGCACUUCUUAAGGUGACUAAGAUUAUUCUAGCUUUUCAUCGUGCAGAGGAGACCGCUUUCAGUGGAAGAGAGCGAGAACUGUUUGUCCACUUCUGUGUAGCCUUUGCUGAAGAUUUGGUGCCAUACCUCAAUCGCUGUUUGCAGGUUCUCUUUCCUCCUGCCCAGAUUGCUCAGAUUCUAGGAAUUCCGCCAACACAAGUUCAUAAGUAUGGUUCCCUUGGAUGCCUGGAUGUUGCCUCAAUCCUUGAAGCACUGGCAUUCAUUCUGCCAAAGAAGGAAAUUGUUUUGGCAACAGAUCCUGGCCUAAAUGUUGACUUUAAGGAUGUCCCACCCCCAGGACAAUUGAUAGAGUCUACAUCUGUCCAGACUUCAAAUGAAAAAGUACAAGAAGGGGAGAGAAUGCAAAUGGAACUGACGGCAGAUGUACAGAGCACCCCGCAGGAGCCCACAGAAGGAAGUGGGUAGAGUAGAUUCAGAAUGUUGCUGUGGCUAGCUAAGCAAAAUUCAUAACACAUCAUAAGGUGUUUGGGUAUGGAAGUUAGGACUACUUUCUCAGAUGUUGGUGUACUGUCUGUGUACAAAUGGCAUCUCUGUGACAUUAUUUUCUGCUGUUACAUAUUCUCAGAAAAAAUACCAGCUUGGUUUUCUUCUAAAGCAGAACUUAACUAGACUGCUAAUUUAAAUACAGUUGAGACUUGCAGUAAAAUUACAAUAAAUUAUGAACACUGGAAAUAAACCACUAGUAUACUUUCA